AUGAGCAAGCGAAACACUUUCGUGAGCAAGCAGAUGCAAUGGCAGCUCGGGCUCGUGACUCUGAUCAAUUGCAUCCUUCUUGUCCAAGUCACAGUCUUCCGCGCGUAUGCCACGGCGUCCGAAACUGACCAAAGCAAUGCAUGCAACAAGUUCAACACCAUCCGCCUUGCCGUGCGGGUGUUUCUGUGGACCAGAAGCAGUAUCCUGAUUUUGCCGACCACAGGGUUCCGAUAUUUCAAAAUGUACCACGUUCAAUGGGCCACCGGCAGUCUGCCACAAGACACUUCUGGUCCCAACAUCGUUCGAACUCACUACCUCCGACUCUGCGAACUGUUGGCUCUGGUGCAGAUCGCCGCGUUGUUGGUGUCCACAGGCACCAUAGUGCUUAGAUUUGUGCAAGUGGAGUGGACGUUUACUUGCCCGACAGCCAUGGACAAACGCAUCUACCAGAUUUGCAUGGCACUGUCGCUACUCGUGGCUACGUACUGCUACACCAUCAGCUGGGAGUUUCUGCUGUCGUUCCACAAGCUUCGGACGCAUUUGCUGUUUCAGCACGGGGUGUUUGACUGCAAAACCAAGUCGUGGCAGGAAAAGCCGUUCAACGGGUCCACGAAGGAGCUGCUAAGGUUCCAAAUGUGGAUGACAGUCAAGCAGAGAGAUAUUGACGGACUUCGCUCGGCCAUCGCCGCCGCCAUAAACGAAGACGCGGCCUUUGCAACGCAGUGGUAUCAAUCUCCGUCGAUUUGGAACCAGCUUGUGUGUGUCUCCCGACGGAAUCCCCUGCACAUGGCCAUCAAGACCAAUCAGUUCGAUAUGGUCCAGCUGUUGAUACAGGUCGGGUUCGACCCAAAUGCACUGGACAAGGUGCAGGUGGCGCAGUUUGGGUUGCGCGACUUGUACUCGAAGGUGUUUUGCUUCUUUUCCAUCAACCACAGCGAACCCACGCGCAUCUAUGGCCCGUUCGGAUGGUUCAAACACACGCUUUUGAGUCCCCUCCACGUGGCAGUCGCUCGCAGCGACCACCAUCUGGUGCUGCAUCUGCUCCAAGCUGGGGCGGACCCGAACGUGUCGGCCGAGUCGAACGUGGCCAGCGCCGCCACCCCGCCGCUCUUCUGGGCCUCCCACGUCGAUGUCACCCACGCCCUCUUGAUGCAUGGCGCCAGCCAAUUAUACGUGCCUGGGAAUGGGUUCAACGUGACUGUAUUUGAAGAUGCGUUUCUGAACGGUCGACAUGCUAUCGCCCGGUUGUUAGAGUCCUGGGGCGGAGAUAUUGCGUUGACCCCUCUGCACGACGCCGCGGGUCGGGGAGAUGUGGUGAAAAUGAAGGCAUAUUUGGGGUGGGGAGACGUCGAUACGAUGGGCGAGCAUGUACGGAUAGGGCUGUUUCACCGCACGCCACUGCACUGGGCGGCCAUUCGCGGUCACGUGAACGCAGCUCGGAUGCUGCUCAAAGCGGGCGCGAAGGUCAACGCCGUGGACUCGUGGCACCAGAGUCCGCUGACAUGGGCGUGUUAUCUCAACCGCACUGAACUCGUUCGGGAAUUUCUGGUUCACUGGCAAGCGGACGCCCAACUUCGAGACCACCACGGCUUGACGAUUCCGUGCUUGUGUGCCCCAAAGGACACAGGGAUUGACGCUGGGAUCUUUCGAUUGCUGCGGAAACACGGCCUGCCCGAGUUUGGAGCGCUGGAGAACGGAGACACUCCGCUACACAUUGCAAUAAAACUGUGCCACCAAGACACAGCGUUAGCCCUUGUGCGCUCGGGGUUUUCCACAACGAGUACGAACGCAGCAGGAGUGCGGGCAGUGGACUGCAGUCAGUCGACGGAAUUGCAGUUUAUCAUCAAAAAGGAAGCCGGACAACGCGAUGUGAUGAUCAGCUACAGUCAUGCGUUUUCAGAGUUUGCCCUGCAACUUCGGCAGUCCCUCGAAGACAACUUUCUAACGACAUGGAUGGAUCUCAUGGAUCCGACGGGCAUCGGCGGCGGGGCUGUGUGGAGAGACGAGAUCGCCAGUGGAAUUAAACACGCAGCCGUGGUGCUGUGUGUGUUAAGUGAAACGUACCCAGUCUCUCAGUGGUGUAUGAAGGAGCUCGCGUUUGCAAAGGCCCACAAUGUCCCAGUGGUGGGGGUGCUGGGCGAGACCACAGACAUGACGGACGAGCUCCAAGUAGUGUACUUGUGGAGUCGACAACUGGUGGACUUUCGACAGGCGAUUACGUCGACGGAACCGGCGUUGGUAGUUAACCACGACGUAUACAACACCCAGCUGACUGCGCUGUUGGACGGACUCCGGAAUGAAGUGGAGAAAAGGCGGUUGGUUGACCGAAGGGACGUGCUCCUGUCGCCCCUAACUGUGUCAGUGCGACAGACUGAGGUCGAGUUUGCGUACCACCAGAGAUAUGUGUUUAUUUGCCAUGGGGGGUGCCACACUGACUUUGUCAAACGCCUGCAGGGGAUGCUCAAACUGCACGGCAUUGCAUCGUAUGCAGACCACCAAGUGGGGGGCACCACCCACGACGCGAUCCUGAAUUGCAGCGCGUUUUUGCCCAUCUUUUCCGAUAAAUCGUGCCGAACGGAUGCGUUCUCGGACUUGUUUGCAUUUGCCGUAAACAAAGAGAAACCGAUCGUUCCGAUAGUAUUGUCGGCCAAUUUCUUCCCGCUCGCCCACCUGUAUUCGCUGUCUCUGCACACCUCCGUGGUCCACUUCAACGAAGUCCUUGCGCAAUCGGAGAGCCUCACGCGCCUUGUGGCGGCCCUGCCUGUGGUUUGUCCUCCACUGUGGUAAUUAACCUACUCACGGCUUUUCUUACUGUGUAGACGGCACGAAUUACUUCGCCUGCAAUAAUGUCGUCGAUUGACAGACACUCGGGUUCGUCCGCAUGCUUCCACGGCCAUUCCGCCGUGAUAGUGUAACUCAAUUUAACCGAAUCUAAGUAAGAAGUAUUGGAAG